UUUACGGUUACUUCACGUAAAGUACCUAGCACAGUGUGUGGAACUCCGCAGCUGUGAAGGGUGCCACUUUAGGGGCAGGGAACCAGUGUGAACUUGGGCCCUACCCUGACUACCCUUGAGGUACUAGCUCCCAGUCUUCUUUUCCCUCGAGGUUAUGGGCUCUCUGCUUCUUUAGGUGGUUUUUUCUUUUUUUUUUUUUUUUUCAAUCUAAUCAAAUAAAUGAAUGAUGGGUAAGAACUCUGACUGAGUUUUGUGUGUGUGUGUGUGUGUGUGUGUGUGUGUGUGUGUGUGUGUGUGGCCCGGCCUCUGGGCGGGAGGAGGCGUGGCCGGGCCUUGGGGGAGGAGCACAGGUGUGACCCAGCCUCUGGGGCGGGGUAGGUUGUUGUUGCCGGAAACGAACCCGGGUCCGUGACUCCCGGAAGUAGAACGCCCACAAGCAGAGCGGCUCGGCAGCUUCCGUGGCUGCCUUUGUUUGGAAGUUCCAGGCAAUCUUCUGAGAUGGCGAACGCAGCCGCGCCUACAGCGGCGGUCCCCACCCUAGCUCCGCCUUUGGAGCAGAUCCGGCACUUGGCAGAGGAGCUGCGGCUGCUGAUACCUGGAGUGCGGGUCGGCGAAGCCCUGGAGACCACCAAGGAGUUUAAUCCUGAGACGUUUUGGAGGAGACUCAAUGAGGCAGCUGUGAACGUGUCAAGGGAAGCUACGACUCUGACUGAAGUCUUCUCUCAUCUUCCACUGCCCUCUCCACAGGAAACACAGAGGUUCUGUGAACAAGUCCGUGCUGCCAUCAAGGCAAUGAUUGCAGUAUAUUAUUCACUUCCCAAGAAUCAGGGAAUCACUCUGAGAAAGCUGGUACGAAGCACCACUCUGGACAUCGUAGAUGGCAUGGCUCAACUUAUGGAUGUGCUUUUCAUGACUCCAACUCAGAGCUCAGAGAACAAUGACCUUAUUUCCUACAACAGUGUCUGGACUGCAUGCCAGCAGGUUCCUCAGAUACCAAGAGAUAACAAAGCUGCAGCCCUUUCAAUGCUGACGAAGAAUGUGGAUUUUGUGAAGGAUGCACAUGAGGAAAUGGAGCAGGCCGUGGAAGAAUGUGACCCGUACUGUGGCCUCCUGAAUGACACUGAGGACAACUCUGAUAACCACGGUGAUGAAGAGGAUGAUGGGUUGGGGUAUCCAAACAAUCGGGACUUAUAUUGGUCAGAGGAGGAUCAAGAGCUCAUAAUCCCAUGCCUUGCACUGGUGAGAGCAUCAAAAGCCUGCCUGAAGAAAAUCCGGAUCUCAGUGGCAGAGAAUGGGAAGAAGGAUCAGGUGGCCCAACUGGACGACAUUGUGGAUAUCUCUGACGAGAUCAGCCCUAGUGUGGAUGAUUUAGCUCUGAGUAUAUACCCACCUAUGUGCCACUUGACUGUGCGAAUCAAUUCUGCAAAACUUGUAUCUGUCUUAAAGAAGGCACUUGAAAUUACUAAAGCGAGUCAUGUGACCCCACAGCCAGAAGAUAGUUGGAUCCCUUUACUCAUUAAUGCCGUUGAUCAUUGCAUGAACAGAAUCAAGGAACUCACUCAGAAUGAACUUGAACUUUUCCCUUUUGCAGAGAAAAUGAAGCCAUCCUUCAUCCUUGAGGAAUCUUCUCAAGCUCAUGUUCCCAUUCCCAACCCCGUAGACAUAGACCUCUACCCCUGCUGCCACCCGGAAGAUGAAGUGUCCGCCCUCCCCAAGUUGAACCUCCACUUUUGAGGUCUGUGUCCCAUCCUGACCCCACUAUUGCCUGCUGUGUAACUUCGGGCAAAUUAUUUAAGCUUUCUGUCUUUGUCUCCUCAUCUGUAAAGUGGGGAUACCAUUGGUUGCUACCUCUUAAGGUUGUUGUGAGGAUAAAUGAUAUAAUGCAUAAUGCACACUUAACCCUAUGUUUGCCAAAAAUAAGCUACAGUUAUUCUAGUUGCCCCUCCUUUCCCCAAGGGUUGCACCACCAAUUUUAACCCAUCUUUCCUGAGGCUUCAGUCUUUCCCUCUCUGUUGAUUAUUUUCCUCAGCACGAAAGCAGAUUCUGCUCUCUCAUCUUAAACAAACAAAAAACCCACCCUCUCUCUACCCAGUGUCCCUGGCUGACAACCACUCAUCCUGUUUCCUUUUUCUGUCUGUUCUUCCAGGAAGGACUGGCACACUGUGUCUUGCUUUCUCAACUCUCAAUCAGUUUAACCCCUAGGAUGCUGUCCUUUGCCAUCACUUCUCAGUAAGACCACUCCCUCAGUGUCUACUUUUCAGUCUUGACAUUUUGUGGCUACUCUCCUGACCCUGCUGGGUGGUCCUCCUGUCUUUGACUUCUCCAUUCACCUUCUGCUCCUUCCCUGCCUUCCCCCUACAUGCUGGUGCUGCCUGCCUUCACCCUCUUCUCUUCUCACACCCCUUCUUCUACCCCCAUGAGCUCAUCGAUGCCCUGACUUGGCAGCCCCCCUCUGUGCUGGGAUUCCUCAUCUGGUCUCAAACCAAGGCCUUUAUUUUGAAUGCCAGGUUUAGGUUUCCAGCUGUCUCCUGGCCUUCUCUGGAUGUCUCAUGGGCUUUCGAACCCAAUGGGCCUAUACUUAUUCUUCCUCAUUUUCCCUAUUCUAGGGGUUCAUCCAAACUGAAAGCAACCCUCUAACCACCCCCCCAUACAUAUUCACAAGUCCAAAUCUAUCCCACCUCCUUAAUAUGUCUUCAUUUGAAGUGCUGCUACUCUGGUUUCUCCUUCAUUCCUUGACUUGGUUAUUACAAAACUUUCCAACCUCUGAUCCAGUGUUUCUCAACAUUACAUGCACAUUAGAGUCAUAUAGAGAGCUUUAUAAAAUGAUCCCAAUGCCAAGCUGCACACCAAAUCAAUUAUAUCAGACUCUGUGGUGAGGCCCAGGCAGCAAUAUUUUUAAAGUUCCCCAGGUAAGGGGUGCCUGGGUGGCUCAGUUGGUUAAGUGGCCAACUUAGGCUCAUGUCAUGAUCUCAUGGUUCGUGAGUUUGAGCCCCACGUCGGGCUCUGUGCUGACAGCUGGGAGCUGGAGCCUGCUUCCAAUUCUGUGUUUCCCUCUCUCUGCCCCCGCCCCCCGCUUGCACUCUGCCUCUGUCUCUCUCAAAAAUAAAUAAACAUUAAAAAAAAUUUUUUUUGAGUUCCCCAGGUGAUUCAACAUGUAGCCAAGAUUCAGAACCAGUAUUCUAAUAUGACCCUUUCCAUUCCAUUCUGCCAAAAUGAAUUUCUGAUCACAUUUGCUCCUCUAGUUCAAUUUUUCCUAGCUCCCCACUGCCUAGAGAACAAAAUUCAAACUCCUUGGCAUGAUAUACAUGUCCCUGCAUGAUCCAAGUCCCUGCACCCCGCAAAAAAGGAAACAUGGUGGAGAAACUGGGGGCUGUGUGGGCUGGUUAGGAGACUGUUGCAAUAAUGUAGACAAGCUGUAGUCCACUGAUUGUCUCUUGCCUGCCCAUUGGAAUCACCCAAAGAAUUUAAACAGUUUUUGAUGUUUGGGUCAAACCAUGGGGUUUCUGAUUUAAUUGGUCUGGGGUUCAGGCUGAGCAUCCAAUUUCCCUGGGUGAUUCGUAUAUGCAGCAAGGUUUAAGAACAACUACUCUAGUCCAGGGUAACAUAGGGAGCUUUUAAAAAGUACCAUUGCCUGGACCCCAUCCCAGACCAAUUAAGUAGGAAUUUGGGGGAGGAGGGAGAACCUGUGUACAUGUUGUUCCUUCUGCCUUGAAUACUCGUGACUCACUUUUCUGCCUGUCGCUGCCCUUCCUACUCAUCCUUUCAGACUCGGUGUAGUCUGAUGUAUCUGGGAGCAGCCUGCUCCAACCUGGGUGACAUGAUCCC